AAUUCCUUUUCUUCCCCAACUGGCUGGUGCUGAAUUGCUGAUCACUUCUUCCAUUGUGGGCUGUUUCUCUUCAUUACACUAUGUUGAAAUGGAAUUCCCCUCUUGUAGUUAGGACUUGAUCUUGCACCAUCCGUCACUUGGGUGGUUGAUGAAACAUUUAAACUCACAAAACGCUGUCUCCAUCCUCAAACCCCCACACCGUAAAAAGUAAAAAGUAAAAACCUCCGUCCGUAAAAAGUAAAAACCUCCGUCCCUGUUAAAUUCGACGGAGCCCUUGCUUCUCGUUAAUUUCCAGCACUAUGAGCGAACGUCGAGAACGGGACAGGGAUAGGGACAGGGACCGGAAAAGAAUACGCGAGGACCGAGAUUAUGACCGGGAACGCAGCAAACGUUUUCGCUCUCGUACUCCCGACCGGAGUUGAACUCGCCGCAUUAGAUCCCACACCCACUCCCCGGACGACCGCCAUCCCCACCGUCAUCGUCAGCAACUCUCUCGCACCCCUUCAUCCCUUCCUCGUAAGCGACACAAGAACGAAACUGCCCCCCAAGAAAGGGACAAGCACAAGGACCGUACUAGGGAAGCCUCGAAAGAUCAGAAAGAAAAGAAGCACAAGGAGAAUGAUAAUGAUGGGAGUAUGAUGGACGAAGAUGAGAUGGAGAUGAUGAAGAAAUUGGGGAUUCCUAUGGGCUUUGAUUCAACAAAGGGAAAGCCUGUCCCAGGCAACGAUUUCGGGGCUGUAAGAAAGGUCACAAAGUGGCAGCCGCGACAGUACAUGAACCGCCGUGGUGGGUUCAAUCGCCCCUUGCCCGCCGAAGUCAACUGGUGAAAGGAAAGGAAUUUUAUCAUCCAAGUCAGGGUUGUUAUUUGUGGCAACUUGACAUUUAAUUUCGGUUGCUUGACUGAAUUGCUUGCCAAUUAUUAUGCUACAUUGCAGUGGUUAUUUUGUUUUGCUCCUAACAUGUUAUCCUCCCAGUUUUUUAGAUGAUUGAAAGUCAGUUGGUUGGUUGAUUGGAAGUGUAUGUCAUCCUUGCGAUUGUCUAUUUCUUCUAGAUAUUAAUUCCAACCUAAAAUUUAUGUGAAAUGGUUGGUUCUUAGAAUUCAAUUUAAAAUAUGUACUCUUUAAUGCUGCCAUGUCUAAAUGGUUGAACCAAGAUGUAAUAUACUAGUAUAUGUUGUCUUCUUUCAAUCAUGGCUGGUUGAAGGACCUGUAUGCCCAACUCCUGUUCAAUAUGAAAUCUUGCCAUACAAUUUAUUCUCA